UACUCAGUCAGCCCGCCUAGUCUAUCAGCCCCCCGCUCUUUAAUGUUAGUUAACCAGCUAGCCUAACCUACAGUUGUUGUGGCUAACAAAGCUAAUAAAAAUUGCUAGCGUGUACUGUAGAUAGUUAGCUAUCUCAGGGCUUGGCUUUAAUACCGGCGAAGGCAUAAUAAGAUAAUUACUGUUGUUUAUUCCUGUUACGAUAAAAUGGCGGAAAAGCCAGAGGCUGGAGACAGCGAAGACGAGGUUGAAGAUGUUUACGAAGUGGAGAGGAUUAUUGACAUGCGAACGGAGGAGGGGGAGGUCCUGUACCGCGUUCGCUGGAAGAACUACUCAUCUGACGAUGACACCUGGGAGCCUGAGGCCCACCUGGAGGAUUGCAGGGAGGUGCUGCUGGGCUACAAGAGGGCUCUGGCAGAGGCUAAGGUCAAGAAAGACCAAGAUGCUAAGAAGGGCAUGAAGCUGCCCAUGAAGAGUGACGUGUUCGAUGCCGACUCUGACAGUGAUAAAGACAAGCCCACAGACCUGCCUGUCAAGAAAAAGAAAAAGAAGAAGCCCCAAGAAGAGGCACUUCCCUCGAAGGAGAAGAGGAAAAAGAAGAAAGACAAGCGCAAGGAGGACUUCAGGCCUCGUCCGGCACCAGAGUCUGAUGAAGAGGAGCUUUCCCCUCCCCCGACCCCGGGCCGCAAUACCAAGAUGUCAGACUCCAAGAAGAGAUUUGUUGAAUCUGAUGAGGAAGAAGCCCCCGUGCCCUCAAAGAAGCACAGGAAGGACAAGUCCAAGGAAGGAGGAAAGCAUAGGAAAAAACAUAACAUGGAGGAAGGGAAGAAGAAAAAGACAAAGAAGGAUCAAAGGGGUGAUCUGGAGUCCACUGAAGAUGAGUCCACCGCCCCCCUGGAAGAGGAGCUUAGCGAGGGGCCAUCUGAGUCCCAGACGGAUGAUACCACACCAACUGAAAAGUCUCGCAAUGAUGACAAGCCCAAGAUUAAGAAGGGAAAGUCAGACCUGAGGCUGCAGGGCAUCAAGGACUUCCUUCAGGACAGGAAAGGCAAGAAGCCGGAAACUACUUCGCCCACACUCUCCACAAGCGGCCUUGCAAAACUCAAGAGCCUCGCCUCCUUCAAGAGCCAGAGCCGGGAUGAGCCCACACCAACCUCUGACUCCAGCGACACCCCAGCCCACGUCCACAAGAAGGCCAAGGGCAAAAGCCAGGAGGCAACUUCUGCACCACCAAAAAUCCCCUCGUCCUCCUCUGGUGCAGGGGCCAGCACCAGCAAGGCCCGAGAGGAGGAGUCUAAAGAGGAAGUGGGCGGGGAUAAGGAACCAGCCACCUCCACUAACCUGUUUGAGAAGUUCCUGCUGAACUGUGAGGCCAAGGACCGCGUUCCCCGCAAACAGAUGGUCCACCAGCCCACCCCUGCAGAGAACACUAAACCACUGAAGCUCAUAGGGAAAGUUGAGAAAAGGACCAAGCCGACAAAGGAGUCACCUGCUCGGAAGCCAGAACCAGACAAGACCAAACAUAAAGACGCAUUUCGGCCCAGUCAGAGCCCCGCUGCUGUGGAGACUAGUGACAAGGCGGAGGCAGAGGAUGAACCCGCCCAGAAGUCAAAGUUUGGUGGAGAUGAACGGAGGGAAGAGGCUCAACGCUUGGAGAGGAGGACCCAGGACGAUGACAGAAGGAGGAGGAGGAGGGAAGACAGCGAGCCACGCCUCUUCAUCGCCUGCGACGACAAUCAAGACGCCUUGGAGAGCGCCGACAAGUCUGACAAAGGACAAGCCUCUCUUAACCUUGGAAUGGACCUCAACUUGGACUGGAUGACACUGGAGGACUUUCAGAAACAUUUGAACGGAGAGGAUGAGAUUCUCUCUGCUCCACCGCUAUCUCCCAGUGAGCUGCGGGAUGCAGUGAAAAGCGGGGAUUACAUGUCUGUGAAACUUGCACUCAAUUCCAAAGAGGAUUACAAUCUAGACCAGGAGGCAUGCACUGUUGAACAGAAGAGUUUAAGUGGUAAAGAGAAGCAUUUAAAUGAGGAAAAGAAGAGUUUAAGUGAUAAUGAAGAGAGGCCUUCAUGUGCAGCAGAUAAUCCUCACCGUGAGAGGAGUCCUCUAUACAAAGGGCAUCAUUUACACAAGCAAGAGAAUCCUUCACGCAAUGAAGAGAAUCCUUCACGCAAUGAAGAGAAUCCUUCACGCAAUGAAGAGAAUCCUUCACGCAAUGAAGAGAAUCCUUCACGCAAUGAAGAGAAUCCUUCACGCAAUGAAGAGAAUCCUUCACGCAAUGAAGAGAAUCCUUCACGCAAUGAAGAGAAUACUUCAUGUGAUGUGGUGAAGACUUUAUGUGACAUGGAGAGAGCUUUAUGUGACAUAAAGAAUUGUGCUGAAGAGAGCAGUUCAAGUGACGACGAGAACAGUUCAGGUGAUGAGGUAGAAGGACAAAGACUGGAUUCAAAUGUCCCAAGUGGGUCAGAUCCUCUUCCAUCUAAAGCAGAAAGCUCCUGCAAUAAUAAUGAAUCUGAGCAGUCCCUUCAAAAAACCUCACAAGCUAAAAAACCUUGCCGCAAAAAAUGUGUGCCACGGAAAGGUACGAGGUCAAACUUACGUUCUAGCACAAAAAUGACAGUCAGCACAUGUAGUAUGACAGAUGACGGUAAAAGAAAAUGGGACAAAAAGUACUUCUGCCUGUAUUGCAAUGAACCACACCACAAAAUUGCAAGACAUUUAGAAAGGAUGCACGCGGAAGAAGCAGCUGUCGCUCAUGCUAUCAGCUUCCCCAAACUCUCCAAAAUCAGGUCUCUCUUGCUUGACCAACUCCGUAACAAAGGCAACUAUCUACACAACUUGGAAGUUCUUCAAAGUGGAGAUGGAGAAAUUGUCACAAAGAAAAGACCCUCUUACAAUGGUGUUUCUGUGCGGGACUACCUUCCCUGCCAAUACUGCUUAGCUUUUUUCAACAAAAUAGAUUUAUGGAAGCAUGAGGGCUCAUGUAAAGCCAGAAAAGGACAAGAUGAAAAGAGGGGAGGAAAAAGAGUGCGGGUCCAGGCUGCGUCCUCUCGACUUCUUCCACUGCCUGUCUACUCUACUGGAGGGUGUGAAGAAAUAAUACACAAUAUGAAUCAAGAUGACAUUCAAUGCCACAUCAAAAAUGAUCCCCUGAUAUGUAAAUAUGGCAAUGCAUUAUCUGCAAAGCAUGGCCAUGCCAAGUCACAGUUUACUUAUAUUAGUUCAAAAAUGAGGGAAUUGGCUAGAUUUGUACUUACUGUAAAUGAGAUGGACUGUGGUGUCCAAUAUCUGCAUGAGGUAUGUGUACCAUCCAAAUUUAAAUUGGCCGUUCAUGCUGCCAGGAAAAUGAGUGGUCAUGACCCUACCUCUGACAGGUACAAGACCCCAUCUCUUGCUUUAAAGAUUGGCUAUUCCUUGAAAAGAGCUACUGAAAUAGCUUUUGGGGAGAGUCGUAUGACAGAGGACCGUGAGGCAGAGGCACAAGCCAAAAGGUUCAUUGAGCUGCUUGAAAACAAUUGGAAUAACUGUUUUUCCGGUCUGUCCCUGAGUGAUGUCCCUCAGUGUGAUGAAGUUGAUGUGACUUCACUAACUGAGGAUUUGAUUAAACUUCAGAAGUUUCUGAAGGUUGCAGAGGACACAGCAAAGAGAGAAUUGCUCGAGAGCCCCACCAACGCUGUCUGGAAAAAGCUCAAUGAAACUCUUCUUGCCGAAAUAGCUCUCUUCAACAGAAAAAGGACAGGAGAGGUUGCGAAAAUGUUGUUGGAAACAUACACAAACAGAAAGAAAUCUCCAGCUAGUGCAGACAUUUUCAAUAGCCUCUCAAGGCUGGAACAGGAGCUUGGUGACGACAAAUUAACCAGGGUGGAAAUAGAAGGCAAAAAUGGUAGAACAAUGCCGGUCCUACUAACGGCGAGGAUGAUCUCAUCUCUUGAGAUCCUAAUUGCAAACCGAGACAAAGUUGGUGUGUCAAAGGACAACCCUUAUGUCUUUGCAAGGAGCCCCGAUGCAGCAAGCUACGUCAGAGGGUCCGACUGUUUGAGGAAAUUUGGACGUGCGUGUAAUGCAAAGAAUCCUGAAAGUCUGAUCCAUGCUACAGUGAGGAAAGAGGUUGCUAUCCAUUGCCAAAUACUGAACUUAAAUGAAAGUGAAUUGGAUCAGGUGGCAAAAUUAUUGGGACAUGACACCCAGGUCCACAAAGAGUACUACAGACUGUCUGAAAACGCAGCACAUCUAGCAGAAAUCAGCAAAUUGCUGCUUGCAAUGGAUCAGGUUCCAGUGGUAAUUCCAGGACCAUCUGAGGAAAGGAUUGUUUCACCUACAUAUGGGACAUAUCCAGCAGGGACAGAUUCUGCAAGGACAUAUCCUUCUGGCACAUAUCCCACUGGGUCAUCAUAUCCUACAGGGACAUAUUCAGCGAAGUCAUAUACUGUAGGGUCACAGCCUUUAAGGUCAUAUCAUGCUGGGACAUAUCCUUCGAAGUCAUAUCCUUCAGGAUCACAUUCUCCGAGGUCAUGUUCUGCAGGGACAGAUUCUGCGAGGGCAUAUCCUACCGGGAUAAAUCCUGCAAUUUCAUAUCCUACUGUGACACAUCCUGCAGAGACCUAUCAAGUAGCUUCAUAUGCUUCAGGGACAUACCUAGCAGAGACUCAUGAUGCAAGGUCAUGUACUGAAAAAACACAACUUGCAAAUGCAUGUCCUGCAAGUCCUUAUGACCUCUCAUCUCCUGCUAGAUCAUUUUCUUCAGGGAUGAAUCCUGUGAGGUCAUAUCCUGCUGGAACAUAUGCUGCGCAGACACUUCCAGCUCAAACACUUCCAGCACGUACAGUUAUUAUACCAACACUUCAUGCGCAUACACUUCCUGCCCAGACGCUUCCAACACAGACACUUCCUGUCGGGGCAGUGCCUGCGGGUGCAGUUCCUGUGGGGACAGAUAAGGUGGGCACAGUGUGGAAACAGAGGAUGUGGAGUGAUGCAGCUAAGGCUGCGGUGAACCGUCAGAUGGGACACUUUAUCUCAAUGAUGGAGGUUCCAGGUAAACGGGACUGUGAAGUUUGCCUGCACAAUGAACCAGCUCUAAGAGACAGGACAUGGAGGGACAUCAAAAACUAUGUGCACAACACAGUAAAAUCUAUAAAACGAAAGAAUGGCCUUACAAGAGUGGACCCCACAAAACAGACAAAGAAAGGAUUGGCAAAGAAACAAAAAGAAACAAUAGAGGCUAAGAGUGCUAAGGACUGGGUUGGUGGAACAAUGACAGUACCUGAACAGGGUCAAGAGGCAGGUCCUGUGGCAACACCAAGGAAACCAAAGAUAUGGAGUAAUGAGGCUCAGGCUGCGAUCAGGCGGCAGCUAGGAGACUUCACUAAACUGAUGAAGAUUCCAGGUAAAAAGGAAUGUGAUGCAUGUCUUGCAGCUGAACCAGCUCUGCAAGGCAGGACAUGGAAAGAUGUAAAAAACUAUGUGCAUAACACAUUAAAGACUAUGUGCAGGAGGCAUAGUUCAGGCAAACAAAACAUGGACCAUGAGAAACCAAGUCCAUAUACACAGGAUCCAGGGGUGCAACAGAAUCCAGGGGUGCAUCAGAAAUCAGGGGUGCCGUUGGGACUUCCAGAAGAGCCUCCUGUUUAUCUGUCCUUGUGAUUACCUUGAACUAGAACCUCCCAGGGUUCAAGGUAAGCAAGGAUGGAGAAAGGAGAAAAUUAUUGCUUUUGAUUUAAUCUGACCAUCCUGGCUCACUGAUCUCACUUUAUGACAUAAAGCAAGAAUUAAGUAGAAUUUGAACCAUACCACUACCUACUUUAUUAAUUGAAGUAUCUGUAGCAACUACAUAGUGACAUUAUGCAUGAACUUGUUCAGUCGAUAAGGGAAUUUUCAGAACUUCUUUUGAAUUGUAAAAUGUCCUUGGCACAGUGUAUUAUGUGGCGCCAAAACUCAAAGUCCUUUGGUAAAGGUCUCACAUUUGCAAUCAUGGCGAGAGGAGGCAAGUAAAGAUGGACUCAAACUAAAAAAGGUAUAUUUAACAAUUCCAAUUAUCCUUUUAUAUAAAAUCUGUCAAACUGAAUCUUCUGGGUCAGCAACAGCAACAAGGCUCAUGGACGCACUUUCGGAAUCCAAACUUACCCCAUGUUUCUGUAAGACCCAUGUUGCAUAGAAAUGCCCAAGAUAACUGACUGAAAUAUAUGCUCCACAUGCAUAGAUAACUAUGUACCAAGUACAGUGAAUGUUUUGUUUUCUUCAUAGAGGGAAAAAGUAGUGCAAACCUAGACAGUUAAUCUGAUGACCAUACUUUUUUGAUCACAUUACUGUUAUCCGUUACUUUCAUCAAAUGGAUCUGGAUCCAGAUGUAUAAAAUCUUAUGUGUAUUCUUGCCUGUACCGUUGUAUGUGUAGCUAAUGUAUAUGUGUAGGUUAGGUUUUGAGUUAAAGCAACUGACCAGCA